CCGCGUCCAUCGAAAAGACGACGUCUAAGCAACGACGCCUCCACGAAUGCACCUCGCGAAAAGGUCUCAAGUCAAUCGAGUGAUGAUGAACUGGAAGAGUUCGACAAUGGAGAUUCCGAUGGUAGUUUGCCAUUGCCACGACGGCACCAACAUUCGGGAGACGACGAAAGCGACGACGGAUACCACUCCAAAUACAAGAUAUUCGUUCCAAAGAUAUCAAGAUUGCAAGAGAACACAUUCGUUUCGCAACUAACACAACCUCACUCCAGUCCAUCCCGAAUUCGCGGCCCUCGCUGGAAAAAGCCGGACGAGAAGGUUCAGCAAACUGUGACGCCGGAAACCAGUGUUGAUCAUGCUCGAGACGGAGACAAGAACAUCGGAGAGAAUGACGACGAUCUACAGGCUGCCAUAGCAGCAUCGUUAGAAUCUUUUGCGGAGGAAGGCAAUAUGGAGGAGGGCAUAAGGGUGGAUCCCCAGAAUACGACAAAUACAGCCCAACCUGCCCCGGCUCAGAAGGAAGAGGCAGGAUUCGAUCUGGACGAUAUCCCUGACGAUGCAUUUGACUCGUCUCCAUGCUUGUCGCCCAAGAGAGGGCCUGACACAUCUGCCCCCGUGUCUCAUGCUCAGAAUAGAGGCCUGCAAACACAACGUGCAAAUCUUCGCCAGACGACAUUGUUUCAUCUAGCUACAAGGGACCCUUCACAACCAGUCCGUAGCUGGUCGCCUCCUCCUAGAGAUGAACCACCAACCCAUCACGAUUUAGACACUGAAGCAAUGCGGACUUGGGUGUACCCUACGAACCUAGGCAGGAUUCGAGACUAUCAAUUCAACAUCACUCAAAAAGGUCUAUUCUACAACCUUCUGGUUGCACUGCCAACAGGAUUAGGAAAGACAUUCAUUGCUGCCACGAUUAUGUUGAACUGGUUUCGUUGGACGAAAAAAGCCCAGAUUGUUUUUGUCGCGCCCACGAAACCACUGGUGACACAGCAGGUAACGGCCUGUCUAGGGAUUGCAGGAAUUCCUCACUCUCAAACGACGCUAUUAACCGGAAAUGUACCGCCGGGUAUCAGAGCCGAAGAAUGGCAAACAAAACGCAUUUUCUUUAUGACCCCCCAGACUCUGAUAAAUGAUCUCAAGACUGGAAUCGCUGACCCAAAACGUAUUGUUUUACUUGUGGUUGAUGAGGCUCAUCGGGCGACAGGUGGAUACGCUUACGUCGAGGUGGUGAAAUUCCUGCGACGCUUCAACCAGAGCUUCCGAGUGCUGGCCUUGACAGCCACUCCUGGUUCCACAGUCGAGGCAGUCCAAACUGUUAUUGAUGGUUUGGAGAUAGCGAGAGUAGAAAUUCGUACAGAACAAUCUCUGGACAUUAGAGAAUACGUUCACGCUCGUAAUGUUGACGUUCAGACUUUUACUAACACUGAGGAGAUGCAUCUUUGUAUGGAUCUUCUCUCGAAGGCAUUACAGUCGAGCGUGGAUCAACUUCGCUCUCUAAACGCCUACUGGGGCCGUGAUCCAAUGGCCCUUACUGCAUAUGGUCUCACCAAAGCACGGCAGCAGUGGAUGACUUCUGAAGUGGGAAGAAACGCACACUUCGGUUUAAAAGGGAAAGUCAACGCUCUUUUUACUGUUUUGGCUAGCCUAGCCCAUUCUAUCGAUCUACUAAAAUAUCAUGGCAUUGUCCCCUUCUACAAACACCUAAUAUCCUUCAGGUCUAAUACCGAAGGUCAGAAGGGCGGUAAAUACCAGCGUGCAAUCGCACAGGAUGAUCACUUCAAAAAGCUCAUGAAUCACAUUGAACCGUGGAGUAGAGAUCCUGAAUUUAUCGGUCAUCCAAAGCUGGAAUAUUUGAGAGAGGUUGUUCUCAAUCAUUUCAUGGAUGCUGGAGAGGGUACUGAUCAAGCAACAACCUCAAACACAAGAAUCAUGAUCUUUGCGCAUUUCAGAGACAGUGCCGAGGAAAUCACGAGAGUACUGAAGAGACACGAGCCAAUAAUACGACCGCACGUUUUCGUUGGACAAGCCAGUGCUAAAGGUUCAGAGGGCAUGGACCAGAAGACACAGUUAAGUGUUGUUGAGAAAUUCAAGAGUGGCACGUACAACACCAUUGUUGCGACAUCAAUCGGUGAGGAAGGCUUAGAUAUCGGAGAAGUCGACCUCAUUGUGUGCUAUGAUUCUUCUGCGAGUCCAAUUCGGAUGCUCCAACGUAUGGGUCGUACCGGCCGAAAGCGCGCUGGUAAUAUUGUUUUAUUGUUGAUGCAAGGAAAAGAAGAAGAAUCGUACAGCAAAGCCAAAGAUAACUACGAAAAGAUGCAAGAACUCAUUGCCAGUGGGACUCGUUUCGCGUUUCACGAGGAGACAUCAACACGUAUUCUCCCCAAACAUGUGAAACCCAUUGUUGAUAAACGAGAAGUCGAUAUUCCUCCUGAAAACUCACAGCAAGAGCUGCCGGAGCCAAAGAAAAAAGGCCGGGCUCCCAAACGACCCCCGAAAAAGUUUCAUAUGCCGGACGACGUUGAGACUGGUUUCAGGAAGGCUUCUCGCAUUGGGGACAGCGGGAAUGCUGAUAUACUCACCAUGGUCGCGAAAAAGACGAAAAGGCCAGCAUCCACUCCACCUCCGCAAACUGUCGAGGUUCCGUCUACCCAUGAAGUGCUACUUACACCCAAAGAAGAGAGGGAAUUGGAAAUCAGAUACCGUAAUGUGGGAGGUACCACGCCUCAGUUUAUCCGUCGACCUCGGAAUGAUGCUUUCCCUCAGCUUCAGCGAACCCUGCGACCUACCAAACUGGUUGGCCAUGGAUCCUUGACACGACGAAUGGUGACUGCUUUAGACAAAAUAAAUACAACGCACCCGAAUUGUGAAGAUCGAUAUAGUUCUGUUUUGGAAAGGAUCCGACAGAAUGCUUCUGCAGUA